AUGGACGGCUUUUGGCCACCCAGUCAUCGACGAUAUUUUGAUGUCGCAAUCAUCUGUGCACUACAGGUCGAGGCAGACGCAGCAGAGAACCUUUUCGACCAUUUCUGGGACAGGAAUGGAGACCAAUACGGAAAGGCAGAUGGAGACCAGAAUUCGUAUCGGACGGGGGUAAUCGGCAACCACAACGUAGUGUUGGCGUAUAUGCCUGGCAUGGGAAAGGGUAAUGCAGCAAGUGUCGCGGCUAGUUUUCGAUCCAGCUUCCAGGGCAUUCGACUAGCCAUCAUCCUUGGGAUAUGUGGAGGAGUUCCAAACGGGACCAAGGACGGCAUUUUUCUUGGCGACAUCAUUAUUGGCAGCGACAUCGUGAUCCAUGAUCUGGGUAGGAAACUACCCGGUUGUUUCCGCCGCAAAGAAGGAAUCACGGACCCCGCUGUGAAUCCUGAAGUUCGAUCGUUCUUGCACAAGUUGUCAAGCCAAAGGGGUCGUGGAACCCUGAAAGAAAGAACCCACUUCCACCUCAGCACCCUGCAAGGACGGGCUAACGGCUAUUGCCGCCCUAAACAGGAUCGACUCUUCGCACCAACCUACAAACACAAGCAUUAUGACACAUCAAGAUGCAAGAAGUGCAAGAAGGACAAGCAUUGUAAAAAGGCUCACGAUGCCCCAUGCGAGGCUCUAGGAUGUGACCCAGCAAAACUGAUUCAUCGGUUUCGUCCAUCGCCGAACCAGAUUAGCAUCCACUUCGGGCGGAUCGCCUCGGGAGACACAGUCAUGAAGUCUGGAGUGGAUAGAGAUAGGAUCGCCGCUCGGGAUACUAUUAUCGCCUUCGAAAUGGAGGGCGCAGGCAUUUGUAAUAACUUGCCUUGUAUUGUGGUGAAGAGCGUCUGUGACUAUGCUGACAGCCACAAAGACAAGGCUUGGCAGGAGUACGCCGCUGGGGCAGCAGCAGCGUGUAUGAAGUCUCUGCUUGAACAAUGGGCAGCUGUAGAUCAUCCCGAUGAAAGACAUGAGAUUCACAAGGUACCAGUACAGGUAGCCGAGCUAUGCAGUUUCAAUAAUUUACCGCAAACUCCCUCAACAAAUGGUGACGAGGCAAACAAUUCGCAGAGGUAUCAUGAAGAGGCAAGUACAGAUAUAUUGAAAGUUUUGUCCACAACUAAAUCGAACUUCAAGAGUGCGAUCGACUGUCUGAAGGAAUUUCGAAAUUCUUUACCUCGAGAUACUGAUCUCAAAAGAAUAUUGAAAAAUCAGCGCCUGAUUAUGACCGAUAUCUUGGAAUAUCUGGAAACGGACAUCUCAGUCUCGGUCGACGAGCAUCUUGGUUCAUCGAAGGAAAUUUGUCUACAGCUAGUAGUGGAAAUUGAGAGGAAGCUGGAAGAAAUUAAAAUCAUCACGAAAAGUCUUCCUGCUACCACCAAGGCUAAAGUCCAGUCUGAAAGUCCACUCAAGGAUGCUGUGGAAGACCUAGGUUCCAUUAUUGGAGUCCUUCGAUCUGAAAUUUCUCGAGAAAAAACUCCUCGAUCAUCGGAUGAAGCGAGACUGACCAGGACUUUCAAAGAGCACCGCGAAUUUCAGCACUUUCGCAUUGUUCAACAAGCUGCUUGCAAUCUCUACGAUGCCUUUAGGACAGCUUGCCAUGCCCACUCUGUCCAUGAUGUGCAUCUGUCUCUCAAACCGGACCUCAGUGGAACUUUGACCCAGGUGCGGUUCAACUUAGCCUUAAUCCAGGACCCCAGUGUCACGACUACGGGAAAGGCAGUAUGGAUUAGUGUGGAGUCAAUUAUCAAACCCAGCGAUGAUAGCUUCCAGUCAGCGUUCUCGACAUUUUCAACAACAUCUACUUCACAAAAGCGUUCGAGAGUAUGCGAAGAAGGACCUUGUCCACCGAGGAUAAAACGCGUACAAUUUCAACAAUUGGAGGCCAUCUCGGGGCCUGUGCAAGCACCCUAUCAAGAGAAAACCACUAUCGCAAUUCCCAAUCUUUUCUUCCAGCGCAAUCUCUGCACUCUCGUUCAGAGGUCUCUCUGUCAAGGAGGCUCUGGGGGCUGCAUCGGACUGCUCAGAGACGAUGACACAUGCAAACACUUGGCCUACAUCGACACUCAAACAAACAGCGGCACCACAUCUACUUCAUCACUCGCCCAAUUAAUAUCCCGCUCAGCAUCAAAGCCUACCAGAGACAUGGGUCCCUACGAGUGCGUUCAACUAGCAAAACACCUGGCCACAGCCGUCCUCUACUACCACGCUACCCCCUGGCUCCAAAAGGCAUGGCGAAGCAACGAUGUCCAUUUUUGGGGGGACCACGAGUCCCUCCUCCAGCAGACUCGACAGGCAUUGCCAUACAUCACGACGUCAAUCCAAGCCUCAGCCUCCAUGGACAGCACAAACACGGAAUCAGUUGUUUACCGCCAACUCAUACGAAACCCAGUACUCUUCGGCCUUGGCAUUAUGUUCAUCGAGCUCGCACAUCAAGUUCCCAUCACAGCUCUCGAAGAACGCGUUGACCAGGUCAACGGGGGGACGAGAGACUUUGUGGAAUAUUUCACCGCAGACCGGUUAGUUAAACAUAGCAACCAGAUCGUGAGCAAUGGUUUUCGGGAAAUCAUUAGGAAAUGCCUGCAUUGUGACUUUGGUCACAAUAGUGAUUUUUCGAGUCCGGCGCUUCAAGAGGCGUUUCAUCGGGAUGUUAUCGUAGGUCUCGAGAAUCUGGAGAGGCGUCUUCGGGAUUUGCAGCUUAAUGAUGUGUGA